GGUGAGUGGGUCUUGGUCUUUUUCUAGUCUCAAAAACAAUGGUCUCUCUCCACUUCUAGCUUCCCUUCUCCAGAUUCACUUCCGCCAUGGCAACCGGUGAUGAUUACAAUAUUGAUGAUUUGUUUCAAGAAGCUCAAAGCAGAUGGCUGAAGCCUGUGGAAGUGAUGUACAUUUUACAGAAUCAUGACAAGUACCAGUUCACACAAGAGCCACCGCAACAACCAACAAGUGGAUCACUUUUUCUCUUUAACAGAAGAGUCCUGCGCUUCUUUCGUAGAGAUGGCCAUAACUGGCGCAAGAAGAAAGACGGAAGGACUGUCGGAGAGGCACACGAACGCCUUAAGGUUGGAACUGUCGAAGCCUUAAAUUGUUACUAUGCACAUGGAGAGCAGAACCCUACUUUCCAGAGGCGGAGCUAUUGGAUGUUGGAUCCGGCAUUUGAGCAUAUUGUUCUUGUGCAUUAUAGAGAAACAAGUGAGGGAAGGUCCAGCUCUGGACCUGGCACACAAUUGUCACCAAGUUCCUCUUCUGCAUUUGGCCAGAGUCCUAGCUCAUAUUCUGCUCAGACACCAUUGUCAACAUCUGUACUUGGUGAUCCAUAUGAACCUAAUCAGAGUUACUCUAGUUCUGGCACCGGAGAAGUUACCUCUGAUGUAUUCAUCAUGAAUGAUGGAAUGAGUCACCUGGAUGGGACAUAUGCAGACUCAGGAACUUCAACUGAAGUUGAGGUUACUCGAGCUUUGUUGCGCAGAUUGGAGGAGCAGUUAAGUUUGAAUGAAGACAGCAUCAAAGAAAUUGCUUCCUUCUACAGUGAGAAAGAAAUUACAGGUGAUUCAAAUGCUCAACAAAAUCAAGGGUUGACCUGUAAGCAAGAGGAAUCUGCAGCUUUUGCUAGACCAGAUGAUUAUGGGCUAAUUUUUUAUGGACAUAAUGGAACCCAAGAUGAAGGUGAUAAGUCUUAUGAAUUAAUGGACCAUACAUACCGUGAUGGAAAUGAAAAGGAUAUAUGGACAGAGGUGCUGGAAUCAUGCAAGUCGUCAUCCACAGCCAGGUUACCACAGAAAAAUGUAUACAUGCCAGCCGGAAAAUACUUAAAGCAGGAAAAUUCACCUUCUUCGUCAAGAAAGGAACCAAUUGCCAAUCAGGAUGAUAGUCACUGGCUAAACUUCAACAGUAAUAACACAGAAAACUCUGUUUUCUCACUACCUGAAGGUGAUAGUGGAGUUGAAUAUCCCCCAUAUUCUUCUGUGCUAGAGGCACAAAAAGCUAAUUCUGAGUACUAUGCAACAUUGUUUGCCCAAAGCCAAAUUGGACCAUCUCUGGAUGCAGACUCAAGCUUGACUGUCUCACAAAAACAGAAAUUUUCUAUUAAGGCAGUCUCCCCAGAAUGGGGUUAUACCACUGAGACUACUAAGAUCAUCAUUGUUGGGUCUUUUCUGUGUCAUCCUUCAGAUUCUGCCUGGGCUUGUAUGUUUGGUGAUGUUGAAGUUCCCAUUGAGAUAAUUCAGGACGGUGUAAUCAGUUGUGAAGCUCCAUCUCGCCUUUCUGGAAAGGUUAAUCUCUGCAUUACUUCUGGUAAUAGGCAGUCCUGCAGUGAAGUCAGAGAGUUUGAGUAUCGUAAUAAGACAAGUAUUUGCACUCACUGUAACUCAUCGGCAACGGAAGCCAACAGAAGUCCAGAAGAGCUGCUGUUACUCGUUAGAUUUGCACAGAUGCUGCUUUCUGGUUCAACUACAAAGAAUGAUGACAUAGAAUCUGGAACUCAUCUAGUAAAACAGAAAGCCGAUGAUGAUUCAUGGAGCCAUAUUAUAGAGGCUCUUCUAGUGGGCAGUGGAACUUCAUCUGGUAUGGUCGAUUGGCUUCUCGAAGAGCUUCUUAAGGAUAAGCUGCAGCUGUGGCUUUCUUGCAGGUCCCAGGAGAAAGAUGAAGUAACAGGCUGUUGUUUGUCGAAGAAAGAGCAGGGAAUCAUUCACAUGGUAGCUGGAUUGGGUUUUGAGUGGGCCUUGCACCCUAUUCUCAGUUGUGGUGUGAAUAUAAAUUUCCGUGACAUUAACGGAUGGACUGCCCUUCAUUGGGCUGCACGUUUUGGAAGAGAAAAAAUGGUUGCUUCACUUAUAGCUUGUGGUGCAUCUGCUGGAGCAGUGACAGAUCCAAGUGCACAAGAUCCGAAAGGAAAAACUGCUGCAUCUAUUGCAGCGAGCAGUGGACAUAAGGGACUGGCAGGAUAUCUUUCUGAGAGAGCUCUGACAAGCCAUCUGUCAUCCCUCACACUGCAAGAGAGUGAGCUAUCCAAAAGUUCUGCACAAUUCGAAGCAGAUUUAGCUGUUAGUAGUGUCUCCAAGGAAAAUCUCGCUGCCGGUGAGGAUCAGGCUCCACUUAAACAUACCUUGGCUGCUGUCAGAAAUGCAACUCAGGCCGCAGCACGUAUACAAUCUGCUUUUCGUUCGCAUUCCUUCAGAAAGCGGAGAGCAAGAGAAGCUGCUGCUGCUACUGCUGGUGGUAUCAACGCAGGUAGCAUUGGUAACAUUCCGGAGCUUUCCGCUAUGUCAAAACUUGCCUUUCGGAACUCACGGGAUCACAAUUCUGCUGCCUUAUCUAUUCAGAAGAAAUUCCGAGGUUGGAAGGGUCGCAAAGAUUUCUUAGAAUUGCGCCAAAAAGUAGUGAAGAUACAGGCUCAUGUGAGGGGUUACCAGGUUAGAAAGCAUUACAAGGUGAUAUGGGCAGUUGGAAUCUUGGACAAGGUUGUCCUGCGAUGGCGGAGAAAAGGAGCUGGCCUACGAGGUUUCCGACAGGAGAUGGAGACCAGUGCCUUGGAUGAAAGUGAAGAUGAAGAUAUUCUCAAGCCUUUUCGCAAACAGAUGGUAGAUGCAGAAAUAAAAGAGGCCGUGUCAAGGGUGCUUUCCAUGGUUGAUUCUCCAGAUGCUCGUCAGCAAUAUCAUCGCAUGCUUGAGAAGUAUCGUCAAGCUAAGGCUGAACUUGCGGGUACGAGUGAGGAAGCAUCGUUGUCAACGUCCAUUGCGGAUGUUUUCAGUAUGGAAGAUGAUAUGUAUCAGUUUCCUCAGGGCUAAUUUUGCCUUCUCAUUCUUUUACUCCUUCCCUUCACGAGUGGAUGAUUAGUUUCUGACGUAGUAAAGUCAAUUGGCUUUAUCUUUAGAAGAUGCUUAGAGCAACCUUAAAUUUUAGUUGUCAAGUAGUCUAGAUUGUAUAGUGAUUGUCGAUUAACAUUGCUUUGUAAAAUAUUAAAUAUAGGCUUUGAUAUUGAAUAGUGGGACUGGUGUGAAUCCUUUUUAUA